UGAGCAAAGAGAUGACUAACACAAAACUCCGGACAAGGUGGACUUUUUUUUUUUCUCUCAGCCUGGCUUGUUUGUUCCUUUCCUUUGCUUUUUGGGAAACCGCCAUUGAUAGAAGUUCGCCCUCUCAAUUUCAUAUCCCGGAUCAGUUUUUCGCUGACCUGCCUGCCUGUUUAGCUAUCAUCGCUGGAGCUGCAGAGGGUACCAAGGCUGAAAUAAAAGAGCUUCUAGCAUCCAGGAGAAGGAAAACAACUCUUUCUGAGGAUUUCUACAUUAAUGCAACAAAAGAUUGUGCAGCUUACAUUGAGAAUAGAGGUUUCAUUUCAGUGCCUUUAAGUGAGGAGGAACAAAAUUUUCCCAUUGCAUACUCCAUAGUGAUACACCAGAAGAUUGAGAUGUUUGAACGACUCUUACGAUCUAUUUAUGCUCCACAGAACAUCUACUGUGUCCAUAUUGACCUGAAGUCUUCACUGUCUUUUCACGAGGCUGUGAAGAAAAUAGUUUCCUGCUUUCCCAAUGUUUUUGUAGCCAGUAAAUUAGAAAGUGUUGUGUAUGCUUCAUGGUCCAGAGUACAGGCAGAUCUGAACUGCAUGAAAGAUCUGCUGCACUCUGAAGUUCAGUGGAGAUACCUUUUGAAUACCUGUGGGACAGACUUUCCCAUUAAAACCAACAGGGAGAUGGUGAAGGUUCUGAAAGUCCUUAAUGGGAGGAACAGCUUGGAAACUGAAGCCACCAGUGCCUCCAAGAAAGCUCGCUGGCAGUACCACCACAAUGUCACCAACAGGAUCAUCAGAACAGACGAGAGAAAAAGCCCGCCACCCAUCAGCAGCCCAAUGUUCUCAGGAAACGCCUACUUUGUGGUCUCAAGGGCCUUUGUGAAAUACCUGAUGCAGAACGGGAACGGAGAGAUUCAGAAAUUCAUGGAGUGGGAAAAAGACACAUACAGUCCAGACGAGCACAUGUGGGCCACCCUGCAGAGGAUGUCCUCUGUUCCUGGAUCAAUGCCCUCAAACGGCAAAUAUGACACGUCGGACAUGAUGGCUCUCGCCCGAGUUGUCAAGUGGUCUUAUUUAACAGGAGACGUGAACAAAGGAGCUCCGUACUAUCCAUGUACGGGGGCCUACAGGAGAGCGGUGUGUGUGUACGGCACUGGCGAUCUCCUGUGGCUUCUGAGACAGCAGCACCUCUUUGCAAAUAAGUUCGACCCAGAAGUUGAUGACAUUUCCAUCAGGUGUUUGGAGUCAGUUCUGCAUUUCAAAGCUUUGGGUUAUGACCCCCUGGGCUCUCUGCAAAAUCCAAAUCUCUUGUAGAAACUAAAAUGUAGUUUUUUUCUUUCCAAAUGGAGCAGGUAAUGUUUGAGAAGCUUCUUACCUUAUUGCAAUAGAACAUCUGACAGGUAUAAGCUGGUUUAAGAUUCUCACAAGACAGGUAUAAGCUGGUUUAAGAUUCUCACAAGGCAAUGACCCCCCGAGUAAACAUACAAGGUCGGUAUUAUCAGUGAAAUGUCAAAAAUAAAAAGUAUGUUACUUUUCUUUUUUACUGUUAAAAUAACACAUUUCAUUACAGUUGUAAUAUUAUCUGUAAUGUGUUUGACAUGCAAAUUUGUCUUUCGUGUAGGCAAAUAAAAUGCAAUUGCUUCCUGCUGCUAGCUUACUAGCAGUGAACAGGUGUACUUUUUUUUUUCUUUAAUUAUUGUGUCAGAAUGGUAUUUUGUUUCUUAUACAAUGUUCUAAAUCUUUGAUUUCAAUAAAAUCUGUACUUUCUGUGGAUUUAAUUUGUGGUAAUAACUACAAGAAUCUCCAAAGUGGUAAACAUUUUUGGAAUACCACAACUAUGUAUGAAUAGUUUUUAUGAACAUUUUUUCUUCUAAUAGUUACAUUUAAGUCCUACAUGAAUUAUAAAAAACACCUUUAAUACAGUUUGCAAAGCUGAUUUAAUAAGCUAGCAUGUGAGCUGGGCACAAGAAGGUAACCACACCAUUGCCUUCUUACUUUAUAUAUUAAUCAUAAUUGGGGCUUGGACAGAUUGUUAGCAAGUUAAAACCUGUUUUUAGGAAAAACCCUAUUAUAAUCUUUAUGAGCUAAACGUGGAUAAUGUAUGAUUAACACGGUCUCUGAUUUCUUCUUGACCACUUCAAGAAACUGGUUGAAUGUAAUAAGUUGACAGAAUAAGCAUUAAACAAGUGUACAUAUGCAAGACAUAACUGAAUAAAAUGUAACACCUUUUAUGACAAAUGUACUUCUUGAUUUUCCACAAACCCUGUAUACACGGAUAUUUAAUCUAAUUUGUUUCAGAUUCUCUUUCCAACAACCAGAAGCACAUCCCAGUGAGGGGCAACAAAAUAAAACUUUAUUUUCCCCAGGUGAAAUUUUAACAGAACAUCAGCAAUGAACAGUGGAAAAGGUGCUGCCAACACUUUACAUAAAAUGCCACUCUGUGAGUUUGACACCUAUAAAUUGCAGUUUAAAAAUCAGUUCAUAAAAAUAUAUUAAAUUUCUCUCCUUUAACACCUUGUAUAUAAAUAUAUAUUUCAAUGUAACAAAGCAGAACAUGCAGCAACCACUUGUAACAAAGUGUUAAAUAGUGAGGAUUUAACUAAGAAACCAAAGACAGGCUUGACUUAACAUAGGGGACUAAAUAAAAGCAAAAUACAAUAUUUCGAACAGCAAAUGUGGGCAAAGUUAUAAGGGUUAGAUUGUUUGAUAAACAGGAAAAAAAUACAGCAAAGUGUCUGAAAAUGUAACAAACAGCAUAGAUUAAAAAAAGCACUUUAGGUGCAAAAAAAAAAAAUCUCCUGUAACUUUGAGCAGAACAUAAACAUGAGGACAGGAGUUAAGAGAUUGAGACUCCUCCCCAUGAGGCGCUGUGAAGUGGUCACUCAGGAACAGCAGCAGCAGCCAUCUCCACCUUCCCGAAUAUUUCCUGGUCAACUCUGCAGAAACAUUCAGAAGUCAGAAGACAGCUGUGAGACCGGGGAGGCAUUGAUGCAAUCAAUCAGGAUCAGCUUACAACAAUGACCUCUAAAAAAUAGAUCUUUUUUCAGAAUCACACCCUGAAAUGUGUUCAGACUGGGAUGAAGGUAAGAAAGAUAAAUAUCCUGUCUAAUUUCUUAACAAAAUCAGUAAAAAAAAAAAAAAAAGUUAAUAUUUUUUUCACAAAAUAAGUCAGAGUCCACUGAGAUCUUUGUUUUAAAAUUCAAUAUUUUGUGCCGCUUGUUACAAAGUGGUGGAUCAAACCAGUUUAGGCUUUCAAAAACACAUUUUAGGCUGUUGCUAGUCAAUUGAUUUUCUUUUUUGCUUGACCCAAAUAUUCACAUUUAGAAAAUGUUCAAAUCAUACAUACCUUUUACUAAAAAAAUUGACAUUUCAGUUCACCUAGAAAGUCAACACCAAGUGUACAUGACAAUGUUUUUAAUUUCCUUUGAGAACACAAGUGUCCUUUAAGGACCAAUAUGUGCAAUUACUGGAUAUCCAUCUUCCAGCUUAUUGGAAAGUGCGGUAAAUCAAAUCAAUGCACUUUAUGCGUUUCUAAUGAAGUUUAGCUGUUAUUUUAUCGAUCAGGCCAAUUUCGGUUGAGGUCUGACCUGCUGAUUCAGAUUUGGACUUGUUCUCACAAUUCCACUCCAAAUAAAAACAGAACAAAGCUGCAAGUUUUUUGAUAGAGGUGGUCAUUUUCAAAGUAACUGAAAAUUAAGGAAUUGGAGAAAUGUGCACAAGUCCUUAAUAUUUCUAGGUUAAAAAGAAUGAACUGACUGGAGCCUCUGUUAAUCUUAAUGUCAAGAAGUUUGUAAUGUGCAACUCCUCACAAGAACUUUUGUUUUAACGGGUUAUAAACUGAAAACUCCUCUGUCCUUCACAGUUAAAUAAUGUUAUACUUUUCAAUCAAUUAUAGUAAUCACAGCAGCUGCUGAACAUUAAUCACUUAUCAGGAAAAAGCAGUACAUUUCCGAGUGCAAGAGGAAAGCUGACAAACGAUCUAUUUACCAAAACAUCAGUGGGGAGCAGGAGUGCAGGGAGUGAGUCAUGCAGAAAGCUGUGAGCGUGAACAAGCUGGUCGUUCAGUGAGGGCCACUUACUGACAACCAUGUGAGGACACGGUUAAUGUGCGACAGUGCAACCACACGUACCACAAUGACGGGGACAAACUAGUUCCUUGUGGCACUAACUUGGACAAAAAAAAAAAAAAAAA